AUGGCGGCCAAUAUGACGGGCAAGAAAGUCAACGUCUUGGUUUAUUCCGGAAAUGGAGCCACCGUGGACUCCGUCCGUCACUGUCUCUACACCCUCCGCCGUCUUCUAGCCCCUCACUAUGCCGUGAUCCCCGUCACGGGCGACAUGCUAAUCAAAGAACCAUGGACGCUCACAUGCGCUAUGCUAGUCAUACCAGGCGGAGCAGACCUGGGAUACUGCCGGACACUCAAUGGCGCAGGGAACCGACGGAUCGAGCAGUUUGUUCGCAGAGGAGGGGCAUAUUUGGGUUUCUGUGCGGGGGGCUACUACGGUUGCAAGCGGUGCGAAUUCGAAGUGGGCGAUAAGACAAUGCAGGUUAUCGGGGAGCGCGAAUUGGCUUUUUACCCCGGAAUCUGUCGUGGAGGGGCUUUUCCUGGGUUCGUUUACCAUAGUGAGGCCGGAGCGCGGGCCGCUGGAUUGAAGGUCUCGAAGUCGUUGACGACGGGGAUGGUGCCUGAGGUCUUUCGGUCAUAUUACAAUGGUGGAGGGGUGUUUGUUGAUGCGCCAAAGUAUGCUGAUAGAGGGGUGGAAGUGCUUGCGAGCUACACGGAGGAGCUCAAUGUUGACUCCGGCGACGAAGCAGCCGCUGUGGUUUACUGCAAGAUAGGGGACGGCGCAGCGAUAUUGACCGGCCCACAUCCAGAAUUUGCUGCCGCGAACCUCGAUCGGAACGCUGCCGGACCAGAGUAUACGAAGGUGGUGGACGCCCUGGCAGCAGACGACAAGUCGCGAACAGACUUUCUGAAGGCAUGUUUGUCCAAGCUGGGUUUGCAGGUUACGGACGAAACCACCACAGUCCCAUCUCUUUCGUCGUUACACCUGUCAUCCCUGGACUCGGAAGAAACACGCAAAAUCAUAUCAUCGCUUCAGGACUCCAUCACCAAAGAUGGAGAUGAAGAAUACUUCAAGGAUGCAAAUGAUACGUUCCGCUUGGAGAAAUCUGGAGUGUGGAACAUGGGUAAGCUCGAAGAGUCCCUUCCGGCGUCGGAGAAUCAAGAUACAAACCAAGGCAUUGUGGACUACAACGCGAUUCUCAAGCGCCUUGUGAUCCAUGAUGAGCUGCCGUCCACGAAGAUCACGCCAUACUUUAACCACUACGCCUUCUACUCCAACCUCCGGCACUACCAGUCCAAGAUGAAGGAGGGGACAGCUGAGUUUGGUUCGAAUUUGAUUUACGCGGAGGUCAUCACCAGUACCAAUACCAUUUUGGAAAAGAACCCUAAACUUCUCCGGAGCUUACCAAAUGGAUUCACUGCGACGGCAACCACUCAAGUCGCUGGUAGAGGCCGUGGUUCGAACGUCUGGGUUUCCCCAGCGGGUGCUCUCAUUUUCUCGACCGUGCUGCGCCACCCGGUCGAGAAGAUCCAGUCGUCCCCGAUAGUAUUCAUUCAAUACCUAGCCGCCAUGGCAGUGGUAAAGGGAAUCAAGAGCUAUGAUCAAGGCUACGAGAAAUUGCCUGUCAAAAUGAAGUGGCCUAACGACGUCUACGCCCUAGACCCAGACAAGCCAGAGAAGCAACAAUACACCAAGAUAUGCGGAAUCCUAGUGAACUCACACUUCUCAGCCAACGAAUACGUCUCUGUGGUCGGCGUCGGCAUCAAUGCCACCAACUCCUCACCAACAACAUCCAUCAACGCACUUGUCGCCAAGUUCCUCCCUAGAAAUGCCGCACCAAUAACGCUGGAGAAACUCCUCGCGCGAAUCGUCACCACAUACGAAGAGCUGUAUGCACGGUUCCUCAGGACCGGCUUCGACAAGACCUUUGAAGAGAUGUACUACGAGGAUUGGCUGCAUAUGCACCAGGUGGUAACACUCGAGGAGGAAGGUGGUGCGAAGGCGCGGAUUAAGGGCAUUACAAGAGACUAUGGGCUGUUACUGGCAGAGGAGCUUGGGUGGAAUGACCGGCCGACGGGGCGGGUGUGGCAGUUGCAGAGUGACAGUAAUAGCUUUGACUUCUUUAGAGGGUUGUUGAAGCGGAAGGUAUAG